AUGGGCAUGGUACUUGCGCUCACGGGCUUUGUCGUCAACUACUUGGGCCAGCACGCGGUGGAGCUGGGGAAGGCGCCCACAGUGAACACCGCAGCAAACUUGUUCAAGAUGAUCGCCUACAACAACAAGGACAACCUCCUCGCCGGCCUGAUAGUGGCGGGCUACGAUGACAAGAGAGGGGGUCAGGUCUACAGCAUCCCUCUGGGUGGCUCGCGUAUCCGAGUGCCAUGGGCCUGUGAUGGAUCGGGCUCUGGCUACAUCAAGGGCUUCAUCGAUUCGCACUACCGACCAGGUAUGUCCAAGGCGGAGUGUUUAGAGUUCGUGCAGAAGGCCCUCACCUUUGCAAUGUCCCGCGAUGGCAGCUCCGGUGGUGUGGUGCGGACCCUUGUGAUCACCAAGGACAAGGCUGUUGGAGCUGUAAUGCAGCAAGACAAGUCUGGGCUGUCACUUGCGAAUGCUAUCCAAUCACCAUUCCGUUCCAGAAUAGGCAUGGAUUUGCACCUGGACAGGUCGAAGAAGGCCAUGAUGGACAAGCCGGACAAGCCGGACAAGCCGGUUGUUUGCCUUGGCUCUGGCCGCCCAAACGCCGCUUUGAUGCCUUGGAGGCAAAAGUUGAGGAGGUCUGGCGCCAGGUUCUUGGGCUACCUCCGGGAGGAAUACGUCCGGAGGACAGCUUCCUUGAGCUGGGAGGGGAGUCCCUCCUUGCCCUCAGGGUCUGUGCAUCGCUUCGCUACGAACUUGUCGGGGAGGCAGAGCCAGAUGAAGACAUCGCCCCCGGUGAUGAGAAGGCCCAGCUUGACUGCUUUUUGUGACGGCCUGCGGCGUGGCGGUGUCCGCACACCGGCAGGUGAAGGAGCACCCAACGACCAGCCGCAUCACCAGGCGUGGCCCCGCCUGCGCAGCGCUGCGCGGCGCAAGGGCCCAGAUGCAGCAGCAGCCUUGGCGGCAGAGCUGGAUGCAGCCCAGCCAGAGGAUGCUCAGAGAUGGAUUGGUGCAGCCGCACGCCUGGGCAAUGCGAAGGCGGGGUCUUUCACAGCUCUCCAUGCAGCAGCGCAAGCAAAUGCCGUCGAAUGCGUACAGCUCUUGUUGGAGCGGCGAGCAAGAGCAACGGUGACCGAGCCCGGAGCUGCGAUGACGCCGCUGCACUACGCUGCCAUGGCGCCUGGAGCUGGCGCCUUGGACGUGCUGUUGAAGGCCAAAGCUCCUUUGACGGUACGUGACGCACGGGGCCAGUCCCUGUUGCAUGCAGCAGCCCGGAGUGGCAGAGCGGAAUCUUUGCGACGACUGCUGCAGGCAUCCAGGGAGGGGCCAGCGAGGAAAGCAUCGCGGGGACUCCUGGAGUGGAGCGACCGCUGGGCGCGCUCGGCGGUGCACUGGGCCUCGCUGAACGGCCACUCUGAGGUUUUACGGAUCUUGCUGGAUGCCAAGGCGCCACCGGCUCCUAAGUUGAUCACCGAGCGUCAGAUGGCGAAAAGGACGCACCUUGCGCAGGAGCGGCCUUUGGAUUUGGCCCGGCGUGUUCACGGUCCAGACAGCGAGGUGGUUCACCUGCUGCUCGCGGCAAUGCGCGAUCAGGGGUCUGAUGAUGCAAUUCCAGCGGAAGAGGAGGAGUUCACAGCGGCUGACUUCGUCCUCACUCUCAGUCAAGGAGGCCUUGACAAGUUGGCGUCCUGGGAGCUGCAACGUCUCGGUGCCAAAGCCAUGCAUCGGGUGCAGUGUCGGGUGUUUUUCUGCAGUGACCGCACGCCGGCGGCGAUUGCGACGCUGAAGUCGGCAGAGAAAGUCUGCGCGGUGGUCAUGCGUGCCAGCGGAGCCGAAGUCUUGGAGGUCAUCCAAAGUGCCGGCGGAUUUGGGCCUGCAGCAGAGCUUGCUGUGGCUGCCUGGGUUGCGGACGCUGCAGGCUGGAAGCAGGCCCUACGCACGUGGUGGCGGUUCAACGGCAACGCAGGCGACGAUGGCGUUGAGACCCUCACGUUCAAGAUCACUUGCAGGAGAUCGGGCAAGAGGUUUGCUCAGUUGUCGUCUCAAGGGGUAGCUGUUGCUGCGGCAGCGGCCAUUGCCCCGAAGCGAGGCUGGCGGGCACAGGUGAGACGUCCUGACGUCGAAGUGCGAAUUUUGGUUAGCGACACCGACGUCUUGGUCGACCUCCCACUACUUGUUCAAUCUGUCCCGAGCGGUGGUGGAGAGCUUUGCAGUGCGGGCAUGGCGGCGCCUGUGGCCUGGGCGUUGGCGCGCUCAGCUGAGCUCAAGAUCGGUGAUCGAGUGCUCGACCCCAUGUGCGGGAAGGCCGUCAUCUUGGUGGAGGCAGCCCUCAGCUGGCCGCAUUGCCACUACAUAGGUGUAGAUGUGGACGUCGAGCAGCUUGCUGGUGCACGCAGCAAUGCUCUGCUGGCCCAAGCAAGCGGUGCCCGAUUGGAUCUCCUCCGGGGCGACACGCAAGGGCUGCCUUUGCCAGAUUAUUCUGUGGAUGCAGUGAUCUGCGACGUUCCAUUUGGACGCCAGUAUGGUACCAUCGAAGGCUGCAGAGACGGGCUGUACAAGGCUGUGCUGAAAGAGUUCGAUCGCGUCGUUCGGUCUGAUGCUGACGGCCGCGUGAUCUUGAUCUCCUCACUCGAGCAGGAGCCUUGGGUCCUGGAAGCUGCAAAUCUGCAUUCCGCCCAAGCCUCUUGGCUGUGCUAUGCGCGACGAGAGCUGAAACUUGGCUUUCUGGACGCAAGCAUCAUUGUCCUACGGCGCCCGCAAACUGGCCUUCCAGCUCAAGGACAGCCUUGCGCCAGCCUGCCAGAACUGGCAAAGAGACUUUGGUGGGAAACUUCUGCUGGCAGGGGCGACUGGGCUUCUCUCAAGGUAUCUGAAAGGCCGCUCAUGCAGACAACGCGUGGGCGCGAAAUCUGA